CGUCGUCGGAUAGAAUCUACAGGUCUUCCCUUGAGGAUUAAAGUGAUUUGUGGCUGCCCGCAUCCCCGUCCUAAACAUAUCUUUUGUGAAUAACAAUCGUCUAAAAUGCGUCAUAUCGCUGCUUAUCUUCUCCUCCAAAUCGGAGGCAAUGCCUCCCCUUCGGCUGGCGAUGUCAAGAAGGUGUUGAGUGCUGUCGGCAUUGAGUCCGAUGAGGACAGACUCGAAAAACUCAUCUCCGAGUUGGAGGGCAAGGAUGUCAAUGCUUUGAUUGCUGAGGGUUCUGCUAAGCUCUCAUCCGUUCCUUCUGGUGGCGCCGUUUCCGCUGCUGCUCCGUCGGCUGGCGGUGCGGCACCUGCCGCUGCGGUCGAGGAGGAGAAGAAGGAAGAAAAGAAGGAAGAGAAGGAGGAAUCCGACGACGACAUGGGCUUCGGUCUCUUCGACUAAUUACAUUACGAUAUGUUGUUCCUGUACGAAAACACGAGCAGAUGCACCGUAAUAAUGAGCAGUUUUUCUUUGGAACGUUCGAAUCAGAAGAUUUUUGCAAUAAUAGGUUGUCCGAAAGGGUGCGGUGUAUAUGGCCGCCGGAAUUGUAUUCGGAAUUUUUAUGACAAAUUGAAUUAAAAUUGUGUGUUGACCGGC